UCCUACUUAUUCAUUCAUUGAUUUCGAAAGUGUAUGCACUACUCAAGUUACAGUAAGGAAGAAAAAUACCUAGAGCUUUUCAUUUGUGAUUCUUAUUUGAGACAAGUGAUUCAAGUGAAAUUUAUCCAAGCUACCGAGUGAAACGAAAAAGAGAAAAAUAUGGCUAAAGCUCCAGCUAUUGGUAUUGAUUUGGGUACCACGUACUCAUGCGUCGGUGUAUUCCAACACGGAAAGGUUGAAAUCAUCGCCAACGAUCAAGGUAACCGUACCACACCAUCGUACGUUGCCUUCACCGAUACCGAACGUCUCAUCGGUGAUGCUGCCAAAAACCAGGUCGCCAUGAACCCAAACAACACAGUUUUCGACGCCAAGCGUUUGAUUGGCCGUAAAUUCGACGAUCCAGUCAUCCAAGCCGAUAUGAAACAUUGGCCAUUCGAAGUUAAGAAUGUUGACACCAAACCAAAAAUUGAAGUCCAAUACAAGGGCGAAAAAAAACAAUUUUUCCCAGAAGAAAUCUCAUCCAUGGUUUUGACCAAGAUGAAGGAAACCGCCGAAGCUUACUUGGGCAAAACUGUCACUGACGCCGUCGUCACAGUGCCAGCUUACUUCAACGAUUCGCAACGUCAAGCAACCAAAGAUGCCGGAACCAUUUCUGGUUUGAAUGUGCUCCGUAUCAUCAACGAGCCAACUGCCGCCGCCAUUGCCUACGGGUUGGACAAGAAGGCCGUCGGAGAACGCAAUGUUUUGAUCUUCGAUUUGGGUGGUGGUACCUUCGAUGUCAGUAUUCUGUCGAUCGAUGAUGGUAUCUUUGAGGUGAAAUCAACUGCCGGUGACACUCACUUGGGAGGUGAAGAUUUCGAUAACCGUUUGGUCAACCACUUCGUGCAGGAGUUCAAGCGCAAGCACAAGAAGGAUUUGGAAUCCAACAAGCGUGCAUUGCGUCGUUUGCGUACCGCCUGCGAACGUGCAAAGAGAACUUUGUCAUCAUCGACUCAAGCCAGCAUUGAGAUCGAUUCAUUGUUCGAAGGUGUUGACUUCUACACAUCGAUCACUCGAGCUCGUUUCGAAGAAUUGAACGCCGACUUGUUCCGUGCCACAAUGGACCCAGUCGAGAAGGCUAUUCGUGAUGCCAAAUUGGACAAGAGCAGCAUUCACGACAUCGUCUUGGUCGGUGGAUCAACCCGUAUCCCAAAGGUUCAAAAGUUGUUGCAAGACUUCUUCAACGGCAAAGAACUCAACAAAUCAAUCAACCCCGACGAAGCCGUUGCCUAUGGUGCUGCUGUCCAAGCCGCCAUCUUGCACGGUGACAAAUCGGAAGCCGUUCAAGACUUGCUCUUGUUGGACGUUACUCCAUUGUCGUUGGGUAUCGAAACCGCUGGUGGUGUGAUGAGCGUGUUGAUCAAACGUAACACAACCAUCCCAACCAAACAAACCCAAACAUUCACCACCUACUCGGACAACCAACCAGGAGUGUUGAUCCAAGUUUUCGAAGGUGAACGUGCAAUGACCAAGGACAACAACCAAUUGGGUAAAUUCGAAUUGUCUGGUAUCCCACCAGCACCACGUGGCGUUCCACAAAUCGAAGUCACCUUCGAUAUUGAUGCCAACGGUAUCUUGAACGUUACCGCUUUGGAAAAGUCGACCAACAAAGAAAACAAGAUCACCAUCACCAACGACAAGGGACGUUUGAGCAAAGAAGAUAUCGAACGCAUGGUUAACGAAGCCGAAAAGUACCGUACAGAAGAUGAGAAGCAAAAGGAAACAAUCGCUGCCAAGAACGGUUUGGAAUCAUACUGCUUCAACAUGAAAUCCACUUUGGAUGAAGAAAACAUCAAAGCCAAAGUCUCUGAAGCUGACCGCAACACCAUCCUUGAAAAAUGCAACGAAACCAUCAAGUGGUUGGAUGCCAAUCAAUUGGGCGAAAAAGAAGAAUACGAACACCGUCAAAAGGAGCUUGAAGGAGUCUGUAAUCCAAUCAUCACCAAGUUGUAUGGUGCAGCCGGUGGUGCUCCAGGCGCUGGCGGUAUGCCAGGCGGUUUCCCGGGCGCUCCAGGCGGUGGUGCCGCUCCAGGCGCUGGUGGUGCUGGUGGCCCAACAAUCGAAGAAGUCGAUUAAGCAUUUAAGCACUGUCACAACAGCCUAUUUGUAAUUUUAAGUAAUCGCAUCUUCACUUGCUUCGAAUCCUAUUUACAAGAAUGUAAUCAACUGAAAAUCAUCCAGUUAGAAUUCGAUCAUUCCAAAUAAAUCAAACGAAACAAACAAAAAAUAAAUAAAA